GCAUGAAGAGAGUCGCCCACCCACGGACGGGAAACUGCAGGUGAGCAGGUACUUGGUUCACGGGGAAAUUUUAAGGAAUCAAACAAAGUUUCCUCGAGUAACGCCAACAGAGGUAGACACACCUUGGAAACCUGUCAUGUUGGCUUAUGUUGGCGUGUGUGUGUGCGUAGCAGAUGUGAAGAUCAAGGAUCCCAAAAUGGAAUUUAAUUUGAAGUCGACAGCUGUAAUGCUUUAUGACCGGUUGAUGCAAAAUGCAGACUCGCGCACAGGCGACUGGUUCCUCAUGUCGUCCCCUUUCCCACAAACGAUCGUCAUUGCAGCGUACAUUUACUUUGUCACCUCGCUCGGGCCUCGGCUAAUGGAGAACCGCAAGGCCUUCGACCUCAAAGGACUCCUGAUUUUCUACAACUUUGGCGUGGUCGCCCUCUCAUUGUACAUGAUCUACGAGUUCGUAAUGGCAGGUUGGGGCACCGGAUACACUUUUCGCUGCGACCUGAUCGACUACUCACCACAGGGCGUGAGGAUGGCAGCAGCGUGUUGGCUUUACUACUUCUCAAAGUUUAUUGAGAUGCUGGACACUGUCUUCUUUGUCUUGAGGAAGAAGUACAGCCAGGUGACCUUUCUUCAUGUCUACCAUCACUCCAUCAUGCCUUUCACCUGGUGGUUUGGUGUUCGUUUUGCUGCAGGUGGCAUGGGAACGUUCCAUGCCAUGCUCAACUGUGUCGUCCAUGUCUUCAUGUACUCGUAUUACGGCCUGACUGCCAUGGGCCCCAGUUACCAGAAGUACCUGUGGUGGAAGAAAUACCUCACUACCAUCCAGCUGAUCCAGUUUGUCAUGGUGACCACCCACAUCUUUCAGUAUUUCUUCAUGGACUGCCCCUACCAGUUCCCCAUCUUCGUGUACAUCAUCGGCCUGUACGGCCUGAUUUUCCUGGUCCUCUUCCUUAACUUCUGGUACCACGCCUACACCAAGGGCAAGAGGCUGCCUAAAGUGCUGCAGGCUCAGACAUGGGCACACCACACCAACGGAGUUAUGAAUGGAAACGCCAAUCAUGAGAAAGACGAGUGACGCACAACUCGGGUGUUCCGAGGGUUUCGGGGUUGACCUCACUUACGUAAGCAAACCACUGUGAGAUUUAACCCCAAUUUAAUUGGACUCUUUUAUUUCUCUUUUCUACUUGCAAGACAAUCUUUAAAUUAUGACCAAGGCUAUAUUUAAGAACUAAGCUGAUGGGUUUUUAUGUUUGUUUUUUGGUUUGUUUACACUAAAGGUAAAGCCCAAGUUCUCUUACUGAAAUGUCCAAAUAUGCCUCUGUUUUCUGCCACCGUAUGUUCCAAACAUCUAUUCAGACUACACGGCUUCACCUCUGACAAGACUGCAGGACCCUCGGUUGUAUAGUCACACUGGACCUCCUAAAAAGCCUUCACUGCUGAGAUUUAUAUAUAUUUUUUUUAAAUUAACUUAAGUGACGUAAUCUUCUCUGAAGGCUAUUUAGGAAAAUCCAAUUCACAUUUUCCAUUGAGCACUGAAAAGUUUAAGGGUUGUUGAUUUCACAUGGCCUAAAAUGCUGACUGUUUCUCAGUCACCAUUUGUUUAAAAUGUUGGUAAGGUGUGUCCUCUUUUGUGAGGUUGUUUUUUGUUUUAUAAACGGUUGCAUGCAUGCAGAGCCAGGUAAUCGACGUUAGAUCACACAUGCAUGUCAACCCCUCUGGCUCGACUUCACGACUGCGGCUGACGGUGCAGACAUUAGGUGACAAAAGAGAUGAACUUACUGUCCUGACUUAUUUCUCCUAUGAAGCAACAGCAUGAGUGAUGCCAGAGUGGAUGACUGACUUGACGGAUUAUUGUGGUUCUUAACAGGCUGCGGAGCUGUACAUCAGCUUUACAGUUUCACUAGUUCCUCACCAGACCACAGUUGUACACAUUCACUUAGUCAACCAGUUGAAAAACCUAAGCAGCUUUGGUUGCCUGCUUUGGGUUUUAUUUAUUUUCUUUUUCUUUUGAAGCUCUGUGGGUAAUGAGGUCUUCAGAUGGCGGAAGUCGGCAUUGAGUAGUUUUUUAUUUGUUCCUGUAAUUUAAAGUAAAUGAUGUAACGCUGCUCCUAUGGGGACUGAGGACAUGGGAUACUGACCUUGGUCUGAAGAGUACCACCUUUUUUGUUUAGGUGCAAGCCCAUGUAAGCAUUCAGUUUUACAGAUAAAUAUUAUAUGUAAUGCUUUUUUUGCAUCUCUUUUAUAAUAUUGUGAGAAAUGUGACAUGUUUAUUGUAUUUUAUACAAUUUAUACAAAAUAAAUGAUCAUUGUAUUUCAAAAUCA